UAAAGUAUGAAAACGCCGCCACCAUGCUUCGAACCGUCCCUGUGUGUUUGUGUCUGUGUGUUUGUGUCUGUGGCUCACUGGCUUCCUUCAUCACACAGACAAGUCUGCCUCGGUCAAGGUAACGCUGCUUGGACGUGCCGAGGAAAGUAGCUCACGAUUCAGAAGCGGAACUGCUACAACACCUGCGAAGAAAAGUGAUCAUCGGUGGACAUCAUGGAGGGAGUUUCUGGUCGCCUCAGCACCCCCUUGGUCCUUCUCUCCUUCCUGCACCAAGCGGACUGUGGGGCAGAUCUGCGGAGGGAGGUCGACUCGCUGGGCAAGGAGCUCAACUUCACCCGCGGCGAUGCCCCCUGCAUCGACCCCGCCGUGGGGGAUGGGGAGCUGCAAACGGACGGCCACACACCCAGCAGCAUAAAAAUGCUGUCUGGAGGUUUCCAGCCUCAGUUCGAACAACAGCAACGACCCAUUAACCCUAACGAAGCACAGGCCCUUCAGGCAGUCACAGCAGAACUGAGAGCUAUAGCAGAUCAGCUUGAAGAGAGGGUUGUGACUCAGGCUUCCCGCAACCUAGCCAGGAACCUGUCAAACGCACCAGUUUUUUGGUGGAUAGCUCACCUUACUCUGGAAGUGGAGUGGGUUUUGAAGCAAGGCCUGUUUUGUGGGCUGGAAAACCUACCUCAGGAACAAGUCAUCAUGGCUCUCACACUCAGUCUGGUGAAGGGUGUGUGUGAUAAGGCCCCACAGCUGCUCAGAAACCUCUUUAACACUGCGCUACAGUACAUCAACUCUACGGUGUCCAGGGGGAGUUGGGAUGUGUAGUCUUAAGGGCCAGACCUAUCUUGCAAGUCAGUGACAGUAAUUUCUUCCUGGAGAUAGCCUCUGGCCUCCCAUUGAGUGAUUUCAUAAAAAGCAAUUUAUUGCUCUGCCUCAAUUUAAUCCUUAUUUUUCUACCUAAAUAAUAUUUUUCUAUCUAAUUUGUUCUCUUGUUUUUCCUUAUGCAGCGGUCUGUACCAAGUCAGUUUAAUUUUGGAGGAAUUUUGUAAUGCCGUAUGGGAAAAUAAACUGUCA